GUGAUAUCUCCACCCUAAAGAGAGACACCCAAAUCUCGUGUCCGGUCGGGUGAUCGGGUCCCUCAAGUAAGGCCCGCGGCACGUGUGAGAGGUGUUUCCCUCGCACGUCCGUAGAUCCCCGCUUAAUACACUCCUAUCUCACACACGCCCCAUUCGUGCUAAUUCCUAAACUUCACACACACAUUACAUGCUCGCCAAUCCCGCACACGCGUGGAACCCUAAGCCUCACGCGCUCGCUUCUCCCUCUUUCACGCGCCCCUCUCCCCUUCCGGCAAUACCCCCGUUCUCGGCCCUUCUCCCUAGCUUCUUGUUUCUCGUCAGCUCCGGAGGAAUUCUAGUUUUACCACACCGGAGGUACCCUCCGGUCGCCGGGAAAAAAUAGGUUGGAGUCCAGAAAGUGGAAUUUGAAGAGAAAGUGAAGGAUCGGAUAUAUUUCGAAGCUUCAUUUCUAGCAGAUUGAAGAUUGCCUGACAGUUAGGGAAAAAAAAACUGAGACGUUACUUUCAAGGUAAUUUUCGAGAGAGAAGACGUUAUUUUCAAGGAAACAUGUAGAUUUGGAAGUUGGAGCCAUGUCUAAUUGGGGUGUCCUUCCUCCCCCUUUCGUGUAAUAAUAUGAAUUGAAGUUGUGAUUGUUACCAGGAAAAUUUGAAAUCUUGGGCCGGGAAAAUUGGUUGCUUCAUUAUAAGAGAAAUCAAUGGUAUGUGUUGAUUUUGCACAAAGUAAGGAAAUGGUAAUUACAUUUUAAUGUAGGGAAGUUAUAAUCCAAAGGUUAUUUAGGAGGUAGAGGUUUAGGAUUAGAGUGGGAAGUUAUGGCAACAAGUAUGCAGAAACUAGUAGGAGUUAGUCAGGAAGAUGAUGAAGAGGAAAUGGAAAUGGAUGUAAAAGAAGAGGAUGAUGAGGAUGAGGAGAAUGGAGAGAAGCAAAUUGCUGCACAGAUGAUGAUCGGUGUUGAUGAAGUGAUGCCAAGUACGAGCAGUAGUGAUCAGUUUCAAUAUCAGCCGCAACUUCAAGAGCAAGUCAGCAACCAGAGUGGAGGAGGAGGAGCUCGGAGGUCGCGACCACUGGAAGAAAAGGAGCGAACUAAACUAAGAGAGCGGCAUCGAAGAGCAAUAACAGCAAGGAUCUUGGCAGGACUGCGGAGGCAUGGGAACUAUAACCUGAGGGUUAGAGCUGAUAUCAAUGAUGUGAUUGCAGCUUUGGCCAGGGAAGCUGGCUGGGUUGUUCUUCCUGAUGGAACCACUUUUCCAUCAAGAUCUCAGAGUUCACCUGCUGCUGGCACUUCUGCUGGCAUGACUUCAUCCUCCUCUCAAAUGGUGUCACAACAGAUUCCACCUCCACCUGCCACUUUGCAGGGAGUCUCUUCUGGCUAUCGCACCACAGUGGAGUACAAUGCUUGUCGUAUGAAGGGUGUUUUCAUGCCUACCCCUUCACCUUAUGAUCUAUCCUCAACUGCCCCGGCUCAAAGUUUAGGCGUGGUUGCUGAUGGUGGAGAACAAACAGAAAGACUUCCUCUUAUUGCUGGCUCCACGCAAGUGAUUAAUGACAAACAGAUUAUUGGACUACCUACUAAGCUACCAGAACGUGAUUUUGCUGGCACUCCAUAUGUUCCUGUUUAUGUGAUGCUACCUUUAGGGGUCAUCAACAUGAAAUGUGAGCUAGCUGAUCCAGAUGGUCUGCUAAAGCAGCUAAGAGUACUGAAAUCAAUCAAUGUAGAUGGGGUUAUGGUUGACUGCUGGUGGGGAAUAGUGGAAGCACAUGCUCCCCAGGAAUAUAACUGGAAUGGUUACCAAAGACUCUUUCAGAUGGUUCGUGAGCUUAAGCUUAAGUUACAGGUUGUAAUGUCAUUUCAUGAAUGUGGUGGUAAUGUUGGUGAUGAUGUUUGUAUUCCACUUCCCCAUUGGGUUGCAGAAAUUGGUAGAAGUAAUCCUGAAAUAUUUUUCACUGAUAGGGAAGGAAGAAGAAACCCUGAAUGCCUCUCGUGGGGGAUUGAUAAGGAACGAGUUUUAAGGGGCCGAACUGCUGUUGAGGUAUACUUUGACUAUAUGAGAAGUUUCCGUGUGGAAUUUGAUGAAUUUUUUGAGGACGGUAUUAUAUCCAUGGUCGAAGUUGGUCUAGGUCCCUGUGGGGAGCUCCGAUACCCAUCUUGUCCGGUAAAGCAUGGAUGGAGAUAUCCUGGGAUUGGGGAGUUCCAGUGUUAUGACCAGUACAUGUUAAAAAGCCUGAGGAAAGCAGCAGAAAUGAGGGGACACAGCUUUUGGGCUAGAGGGCCAGAUAAUGCUGGGUCCUACAAUUCCCAGCCACAUGAAACUGGUUUCUUUUGUGAUGGAGGAGGCUAUGAUGGUUACUAUGGUAGGUUUUUCCUUAAUUGGUACUCUCAGGUAUUACUCAAUCAUGGAGACCGGGUACUCUCUCUGGCGAAGUUAGCUUUUGAUGGCACAUGUAUUACAGCAAAGCUGCCAGGUAUUCACUGGUGGUAUAAAGCAGCCAGUCAUGCUGCUGAAUUAACAGCUGGGUACUACAAUCCCUGCAAUCGAGAUGGCUAUACAGCAAUAGCAACAAUGCUACAGAAGCAUGGAGCUGCUUUAAGCUUUUCAUGUGCUGAGCAUCACAUUUUGGAGCAGCAAGAUCACCUGCGGGAAGCACUGGCAGAUCCUCGGGGUUUAGUGUGGCAGGUGCUGAAUGCUGCAUGGGAUGUUAGCAUUCCAAUUGCAAGUGAGAAUGCUUUUCUUUGCCAUGAUAGGGUAGGCUAUAACAAGAUAUUGGACAAUGUCAAGCCAGUAAAUGAUCCAGAUGGGAGACAUUUUUCAUCUUUUACUUAUCACAGGCUCAGCCCACUUCUCAUGGAGAGACAGAAUUUCAUGGAAUUUGAACGGUUUGUCAAGCGAAUGCAUGGGGAAGCGGUUCUUGAUCCCCAGGUAUAGCAAGGUGUGUGAAAGCACUUAAAAGAAAGAAAGUUUGCCUCCCAACAAAAAAGUAUAUUCUUAGUUUUAGUUUUAACAAACAGUGUGUAAAUGAAUGAAUAAUUAUUUGGGACCAUUCCUUGGCAUAACUAGCUGUUUAACUUAGGUUGUGUAGUUAAAAUCAAUUGAUGAAUGUAUUAUUUGGGUUUGAGGACAAUUAACAUUUAUCACACAAACUACCCCUUUUGGAA